AUGAUGAAUCACACCACCAGCCCCGACGAUAAUUAUGAGUAUGAUUACGAACUUUACCAUGAUCUUCUGGAUGUCCCUGUAGACUGCCUGGAUGGGAGUUGCUUCUCUAGCGAUUUCUACCUCGUAAGCCUGCUUCUGCUGUAUGCAGCCAUCUUCCUGGUGGGUGUGCCAGGCAACACCAUGGUGGCCUGGGUGACCUGGAAAGAGUCCCGCCACAGGCUUGGGACCUCUUGGUUCCUGCAUCUGGCCGCAGCUGACUUGCUUUGCUGUGUAUCGCUGCCCUUCCUGGCUGUGCCCAUUGCCCAAAAGGGUCACUGGCCGUAUGGGGCAGCAGGCUGCUGGCUGCUGCCCUCUGUUACCGUCCUGUCUAUGUAUGCAAGUGUGCUGCUCCUGACUGCCCUCAGCGCUGACCUCUUCCUACUGGCUUUCAGGCCCUCCUGGAAGGCUGCUGAUCACCGGACACUCGGGGUGCGGGUGGCCAAGGUCUCUUCCUGGAUGUUGGCCCUGCUGCUGACGGUACCCUCAGCUGUUUACCGGAGGCUGCUUCAGGAGCACUUCCCUUCUCGGCUUGUGUGUGGCGUAGACUAUGGGCGAUCCGUGGCUGCAGAGGCCACCAUCACCGCCGUUCGAUUUCUCUUUGGCUUUCUGGGGCCAUUGUUGUUUAUGGCCAGUGGCCACAGCAUCCUCCAACGGCAAUUGACCCGACGUCACUGGCCACUGGGCACAGCUGUGGUGGUGGGGUUUUUCAUCUGCUGGACCCCUUAUCACAUCCUGAGGGUCAUAAUCGCAGUGGCUGAGCCUUCCUCCUCAUUCCUUGCCCGGGUCUUGGAGGCUGAGCCUCUGGUUACAGGCCUGGCCCUCGCUCACAGCUCUGUCAAUCCUAUAAUGUUUUUAUACUUUGGAAGGAAACAACUCUGCCGGUCACUCCAGGCUGCCUGUCGCUGGGCCCUGAGGGAUCCACAGGAUGAAGAAAGUGCGGUGAGCAAGGUAUCCACCAGCCACGAGGUGACGUCUGAGAUGGCGGUGUAGGCAAGAGGGCUUUGAAUUUCCUAGGCCAUUUCUCAACUGUGCAGGUGUAGCUGCACAGGUGUAGCUGGAUCCAGGAGCUCAGGGACUGCUUUUGUUCUUCAUUCAACAAACAUUCAUUGUGCACUCGCUUGUGCAAAGCCGUGAUAUACAGGAGCUGGGUGUGGCCAUGGCUGGAACCAAUUCCUGCCCCCAGGAAGAAUGAGCACUUUGCCGAGGAAGACAGAUAGGAAGCAGUUGAAGGAAUAUGUACUAUGUCAAGGGUGAAAUGUUCCAGAGAACCUAAAGAAGGUGCUAGGGUGAAGGCUUGUGGGGCCUUCGGACAUGGUGAACGGGGUGGUGGUAGCGCGGGCGUUACUGCUACCAAGGCUCAAGUGCCCGCUGUACAAAGAAGAGGACCCGGGUUGGAGCCUCAGCCCCUACACAAAUGCUGAGUAUGGCAGCAUGCCUAUAACCCCAGCACUGAAUAGGUGGGUCCUGGGGGUCCUCUAGCCAACCUGUCUAGCACAAUCAACAAGCUCCAGGGAAGAGACCCAGUCUCAAGAAA